UUGUCUUUCACCUGCAUCCUUUGCUCCUGGCCGAUGUGAACGAUGCAGUGGGCUUCCAUGUCAUCACGUCACAUGUCCUUGCCUAACAACUCCCACAAAAGACUUCGCCUUUGCCACUUACUGAUACAGACAUUGCUUUAGCCGUUCUCUACGACAUAUUAUAAUGCGCAGGGCUACCUGGGCCAGAUGUGGCAUCGUGGGUGAGGCUGUGGGAAGGCAGUGCAAAUACGAGACCAUGUCAACACACAUAUCAGCGCCAGGACGAUUCCAUCGAGCCUCAAGUUCAGCCUGAUCCAAGAUUCCACUCAAAAAGUAUCUGCCACUUUCUCUCAUGGAGCCAUUCUCUGCGCUCGCUGUCGCGACAGCGACAUGUCAGUUCCUGGACUUCACUUCUGGCAUCAUGUCUGGAACGUGGAAGAUCUACAAUACUAACGCUGGCCAUGGAGUGACUUCGAGAAUGCUUUCUAUUACAGUCCACAUCUCCACAUUGAAAAACUCAUGUCCACAGAAAUCGAACGCUUCAUAUCUUUCUGAUUCAGGUGGCGUCAAAUUCUGCUUUGAGGAUUUACGAAGAAGUAGCCCAGGAUUUGCACCUCGACUUAUCAGUCAUGUUUGCCAGAAAUCCGAAGGUGUCUUCCUGUGGGUCCGACUUGCCACCAGCUCUCUGCUGGGAGAGCUAACAGAAGGCGAGAGCGCAUCUGACCUCCAAAUGCGGCUCAAUGACUCACUCCUGAUCGCGAGGUUCUUCUUGAUUAAAUCCUUAACGGGCUGGAUGCCGGGCACUCAGAUCGUCCUGGACAUGUGUCCUGCAGCUGAAGAAAAUCCAAACUACGCAAUUGAAGCAGCACAAGAUCAGAUGUCACAUGAGCAAGCACUCGGGUGGCUGACUUGGUUGCGUUUGCCGAAAUCCGACUCCUACAUCGUAUUGUCAAAAACUGUCUUUAAGCAGCAGUUUGUACUUGUCCACACGCCAUCUGAUGAGGCUGAAAGAGUUGAAGCCUAUGGCCACCACGAUUACUCAGGUAAUACCAACGAUAAUCACUGUGAGUGAUAGGGACUAGUCACCGAAACCUGC